UCUGGAGUGUGAGAUCAUAUGAGAGUCCAGUCCACGCGUCGAAAAGUAGGUUAGCAGGGUAGACAGAGUGAAAGGCAGUCAGAACGAAAAAGGGGAGUUAGAGUAUUGGGACCUUGCUUGCAAGCUAAACCACCGUGGGAGCAUUUUGUAAAAAGUUACCGAAAUAGUGCAUCGAGACAAACAGGACACAAUUCAACUUGAAUAGUCGAUUUUCUUUGUAUUUGAUUCACCAUUGCAAGACUUUGUCGAACGAUAAAGAAACACUCGCGGAUUUUUCCCUUGUUUAAAAAAUAUAUAAAUCUAGUUCGUUAGGCUAAAACGUUUUAUUUUACGUCGUUGGGCUAAAUACGUUUUAUUUUACGUGCCAGCAAAUGCUUGUCUUUCAACAGUUGGACAUAUAUUUUUAUUCUGUUACACACCCCAUGAAGUCGAAUUCAUUGAUCCAGAAACGAUAAUAUUCAACAUGAGAGCUCAAAUAGAAGUAAUACCCUGCAAGAUCUGUGGGGACAAGUCCUCAGGAAUCCACUAUGGAGUUAUUACCUGUGAAGGCUGCAAGGGGUUCUUCCGCCGCAGCCAGCAGAACAAUGCCAUGUAUUCGUGUUCCCGCCAGAGGAACUGUCUUAUUGACCGAACCAACCGCAACCGCUGCCAACACUGCAGACUGCAGAAGUGUCUGGUGUUAGGCAUGAGCCGGGACGCGGUGAAGUUUGGCCGUAUGUCUAAGAAGCAGCGCGACAGCCUGUACGCUGAGGUCCAGAAGCACCAGAAAAACCAGGAGUGUCUGAACCAGGGUCUGUCACUGUCCAGGGAAGACGUGGCUGGGGGAGAAAGCAAGGGGGAGAGGCACGGGGAUCUCAGUCGCUCCUACAGCAGCGGGGGCUCCAGCUCCACCCUGAGUGACCUGGAUGACAUCGCAGCGCUCCCCAAACUGUUUGACCUCCCCUUGACCCCACAGGAGGCCCACGAGUACUGCAGCCUGGAGCUGCAAGAAGACCACGGCGGAAGCACUGGGAACACCUCCAAUUCUUCAUCACCAUCAUCAUCCUCGCCCAUUUCGUCCAAUCAGAAUUCUCCCCAGCAAAAUCUACUGGAUGUCACCGACGCCAAUGGUAUCAAACACGAGUACCAGAUGUUGUCGCACACACACGCGCUCCUGGCACACACACACGCCACACUGCUAGAGACACUGCCUGAUGACUGCACUCUUAUGGAUAUAGAGCGUAUCACCCAGAGUGUGGUCAAGUCCCACUUGGAGACAAGUCAGUACAGCUCUGACGACCUGAAGAGGCUGACAUACAAUCGGAUGCAGUACUCACCUGAGGAGACUCGCAACUUCCAGUGCGAGUCUGCAGAGUCUGUGUGGCAGCAAUGUGCCCACCACAUCACCAAUUCCAUCCAGUACGUGGUGGAGUUUGCCAAACGCAUUACAGGCUUCAUGGACCUGUGUCAGAAUGACCAGAUUAUUCUGCUCAAAGCAGGCUGUCUGGAGGUGCUGUUGAUUAGGAUGUGCAGGGCAUUUAACGCCACCACCAACACCAUGUUCUUUGAUGGCAAAUUUGCCUCCGCUCAGCUCUUCAAAGCCCUCGGUUGCGAUGACCUGGUCAGUGCCGUGUUUGACCUGGCCAAAGGGCUCUCCCGCCUGCAGCUGACCGAUGAGGAGAUGGCUCUGUUCAGCGCCGCUGUCCUUCUGUCCCCAGACCGACCAUGGUUAGCCGACAGCCAGAAGGUCCAGAAGCUACAGGCGAAGGUCUACCUGGCUCUGCAACACAGUCUGCACAUGAGCGGAGCUGCCGACGAGAAGCUAGACCAGAUGGUAUCCAAGCUGCCGAUAAUGAAGUCCAUCUGUAAUCUCCACAUCGACAAGCUGGAGUUCUUUCGUCUGGUCCACCCCGAGACCGCAUACAGCUUCCCACCACUCUACCGGGAAGUGUUUGGGAGUGAGAUCUCUCUCCCCGACUCUACAAACAACUCCUAGAGAGAAAGAUGGAGUGAAUGUGUUAGAGAGAAAUAAGUAUGGAGGUAGGGAAGUGAAAGGAGAGAAUGAAUAAGUGAGGGAUAUAAAUAGUGACCUCAGAAAUAACCAGCUGUUAACGAGACAAUCCAGGACUUAAAAUACUCAGUCUCCCAGCAUCCUGUUGUGUUAGUCCACCACUAUCCCAGCAGGCCAUACACCUUACACUACAGACUUCACCUUCAUGGUCCUUUUGUACCGUAGCACUUUGGACAAACUAAUGGGCGAUAUGCAUAUUCUACAGUAUGCACAUAGAUCAUUUAGCAUUAGAACUAGAGGUCGACCGAUUAUGAUUUUUCAAUGCCGAUACCGAUUAUUGGAGGACAAAAAAAGCCGAUACCGAUUAAUCGGCCGUUUAAUAAAAAAAAAAAAGUUUUUUAAAUACAUAUAUAUAUCAUACACACACACACAUUUUUGUAAUAAUGACAAUUGCAACAAUACUGAAUGAACAAUGAACACUUUUAUUUUAACUUAAUAUAAUACAUAAAUACACACACAGCUCUGAAGUGACAAUGAUACUGAAGAGUCUGCUUAGGAGACAAAUACUCUCAACUGUUUGAAUAAAAAUAGAGUUUAAGUUACCUGUGAUGAAUGUUGAAAACAAAAACUUUAAUUUCUAUAUGCAGGAAAUCCUAUUUUAAUAAUGGGCAUGGUAAGAAUUGACAACCAAAGUGCGAGUCAUAAUUCCCAUGACACUUAGCAAAAUCUGAAAAGCGGUUCCUUCAUUUAUUCCAUAGGAUAUUUUUAGAUUCACUUAAAAUAAGGUCUGUGUUUCGUGUAGGCUUGCAUCACCGUGCCAAUUUUAUAACUGUGUAGAUAUCCAUAGGACAAGGUAACUCUGAUCAAUAUUGGCUAAAUAUAAGCGAAGAUUUAAAAGAAAUUGUAGAGUGGAUUUAUGAAAAUAUGUUGACAAACGUUACCAUAUCCUAGUGAGAUUUACACGGGUAUCAAAACGUCGAGGCGGUUUAAACCUGCACGAAACACAGACCUUAUUUGAAGUAGAUCAAGACAUUCUCUAUGGAAGACAUGAACGGUAAAAUAACGAAGGAACCCCUUUCAAAUUCAGCCGCAAGUUAUUACAGGAAUUAUAACGCGUCGACUAUUUCUCUCUAAACCAUAUACCUUUGACUAAUCCGGAAACUAUCACCUCGAAAACAAAACGUUUAUUCCGUUCCGUAUUUUAUCUAACGGGUGGCAUCCAUGAGUCUAAAUAUUCCUGUUACACUGCACAACCUUCAAUGUUGUCAUAAUUAUGUAAAGUUCUGGCAAAUUAGUUCGCAAAGAGCCAGGCGGCCCAAACUGUUGCAUAUACCCUGACUCUGCGUGCAAUGAACGCAAGAGAAAUGACACAAAUUCACCUGGUUAAUAUUGCCUGUUAACCUGGAUUUCUUUUAGCUAAAUAUGCAGGUUUAAAAAUAUAUACUUGUGUAUUGAUUUUAAGAAAGGCAUUGAUGUUUAUGGUUAAGUACACAUUGGAGCAAUGACAGUCAUUGAUUGAUUGUUUUUUAUAAGAUAAGUUUAAUGCUAGCUAGCAACUUACCUUAGCUUACUGCAUUCGCUAACAGGCAGGCUCCUCGUGGAGUGCAAUGUAAUCAAUGCAAGAUUAGAUCCCCCGAGCUGACAAUGUUAAAAAUCUGUGGUUCUGCCUCGUUCCUAGGCCGUCAUUGAAAAUAAGAAUGUGUUCUUAACUGACUUGCCUAGUUAAAUAAAGAUUAAAUAAAAAGGUGUAAAAAAUAAAAUUAAAAUAUAUAUAUAUUUUUUUUAAUCGGCGCCCAAAAAUACCGAUUUCCGAUUGUUAUGAAAACUUGAAAUCAGGACCGAAUUAAAUCGGCCAUUCCGAUUAAUCGGUCGACCUCUAAUUAGAACAUCAUUUUUUCAAUGCUCCCCAACCCUGUCAUGAAUGUACCUCACUGACAAGCACCAAUGCACCAGCUAGAGCCCCACACCAAAUGUAAAUACUAACAUUCUGCUUCAAUUCAACUGUUCAAUUUAGAAUCAUUGUAAUUCUUUGGUUCUACUCAACAUACCCAGGGUUCAUUCAUUUGUAGUCCCACAGACAGUUCUUGGCGGUACCAUAUACAGUUGAAGUCGGAAGUUUACAUACACUUAGGUUGGAGUCAUUAAAACUCGUUUUUCAACCACUCCACAAAAUUCUUGUUAACAAACUAUAGUUUUGGCAAGUCGGUUAGAACAUCUACUUUGUGCAUGACACAAGUAAUUUUUCCAACAAUUGUUUACAGACAGAUUAUUUCACUUAUAAUUCACUGUAUCACAAUUCCAGUGGGUCAGAAGUUUACAUACACUAUGUUGACUGUGCCUUUAAACAGCUUGGAAAAUUCCAGAAAAUGAUGUCAUGGCUUUAGAAGCUUCGGAUAGGCUAAUUGACAUCAUGUGAGUCAAUUGGAGGUGUACCUGUGGAUGUAUUUCAAGGCCUACCUUCAAACUCAGUGCCUCUUUGCUUGACAUCAUGGGAAAAUCAAAAGAAAUCAGCCAAGACCUCAGAAAUAAAACUGUAGACCUUCACAAGUCUAGUUCAUCUUUGGGAGCAAUUUCCAAAUGCCUGAAGGUACCACGUUCAUCUGUACAAACAAUAGUAUGCAAGUAUAAACACCAUGGGACCAUGCAGCCAUCAUACCGUUCAGGAAGGAGGCACGUUCUGUCUCCUAGAGAUGAACGUACUUUGGUGCGAAAAGGGCAAAUCAGUCCCAGAACAACAGCAAAAGGACCUUGUGAAGAUGCUGGAGGAAACGGAUACAAAAGUGUCUAUAUCAACAGUAAAAUAAGUCCUAUAUCGACAUAACCUGAAAGUCUGCUCAGCAAGGAAGAAGCCACUGCUCCAAAACCGCCAUAGAAAAGCCAGACUACAGGUUUGUAACUGCACAUUGGGACAAAGAUUGUACUUUUAGGAGAAAUGUCCUCUGGUCUGAUGAAAGAAAAAUAGAACUGUUUGGCCAUAAUGACCAUCGUUAUGUUUGGGGGAGGCUUGCAAGCUGAAGAACACCAUCCCAAACGUGAAGCACGGGUGUGGCAGCAUCAUGUUGUGGGGGUGCUUUGCUGCAGGAGGGACUGGUGCACUUCACAAAAUAGAUGGCAUCAUGAGGUAGGAAAAUUAUGUGGAUAUAUUGAAGCAACAUCUCAAGACAUCAGUCAGGAAGUUAAAGCUUGGUCGCAAAUGGGUCUUCCAAAUGGACAAUAACCCCAAGCAUACUUCCAAAGUUGUGGCAAAAUGGCUUGACUUCAAUCCUAUAGAAAAUGUGUAGGCAGAACUGAAAAAGCGUGUGUGAGCAUGGAGGCCUACAAACCUGACUCAGUUACACCAGCUCUGUCAGGAGGAAUGGGCCAAAAUUCACCCAACUUAUUGUGGGAAGCUUGUGGAAGGCUACCCAAAACGUUUGACCUAAGUUAAACAAUUUAAAGGCAAUGCUACCAAAUACUAAUUGAGUGUAUGUAAAGUUCUGACCCACUGGGAAUGUGGUGAAAGAAAUAAAAGCAGAAAUAAAUCAUUCUCUCAACUAUUAUUCUGACAUUUCACAUUCUUAAAAUAAAGUGGUGAUCCUAACUGACCUAAGACAGGGAAUUUUUACUAGGAUUAAAUGUCAGGAAUUGUGAAAAACUGAGUUUAAAUCUAUUUGGCUCAGGUGUAUGUAAACUUCCGACUUCAACUGUAUGUAGGCUACAUAUACAGUACCAGUCAAAAGUUUGGACACACCUACUCAUUCAAGGGUUUUUCUUUAUUUCUACUAUUUUCUACAUUGUAAAAUAAUAGUGAAGACAUCAAAACUAUGAAAUAACACAUAUGGAAUCCAUGUGGUAACCAAAAAAGUGUUAAACAUAUCAAAAUAUAUUUUAGAUUCUUCAAAGUAGAUGACAGCUUUGCACACUCUUGGCAUUCUCUCAACCAGCUUCAUGAGGUGGUCACCUGUAAUGCAUUUCAACUAACAGUUGUGCCUUGUUAAAAGUUAAUUUGUGGAAUUUCUUUCCUUAAUGCGUUUGAGCCAAUCAGUUGUGUUGUGACAAGGUAGGGUUGGUAUACAGAAGAUAGCCCAGUUUGGUAAAAGACCAAGUCCAUAUUAUGGCAAGAACAGCUCAAAUAAGCAAAGAGAAAUGACAGUCCAUCAUUACUUUAAGACAAAGGUCACUCAAUACGGAAAAUUUCAAGAACUUUGAAAGUUUCUUCAAGUGAUGUUGCAAAAACCAUCAAGCGCUAUGAUGAAACUAGCUCUCAGGCUGCGUGAAUCAGGCCUUCAUGGUGGAAUUGCUGGAAAGAAACCACCACUAAAGGACAUGAAUAAGAAUAAGAGUCUUGCUUGGACCAAGAAACAUGAGCAAUGGACAUUCGACUGGUGGAAAUCUGUCCUUUGGUAUGAAGAGUACAAAUUUGCGUUUUUUUUUUGUUCCAACCGUUGUCUUUGUGACGCAGAGUAGGUGAAUGGAUGAUCUCUGCAUGUGUGGUUCUCACUGUGAAGCAUGGAGGAGGACGUGUGAUGGUGUCGGGGUGCUUUGCUGGUGACACUGUCAGUGAUUUAUUUAGAAUUCAAGGCACUCUUAACCAGCAUGGCUACCAGAGCCUUCUGCAGCGAUACGCCAUCCCAUCUGGUUUGCGCUUAGUGGGACUAUCAUUUGUUUUUCAACAGGACAAUUACCCAACAAGCUGUGUAAGGUCUAUUUGACCAAGAAGGAGAGUGAUGAGUGCUACAUCAGAUGACCUCCACAAUCACCCGACCUCAAACCAAUUGAGAUGGUUUGUGAUGAGUUGGACCGCAGAGUGAAGGAAAAGCAGCCAACAAGUACUCAGCGUAUGUUGGAACUCCUUAAAGACUGUUGGAAAAGCAUUCCUCAUGAAGCUGAUUGAGAGAAUGCCAAGAGUGUGCAAAGCUGUCAUCAAGGCAAAGGGUGGCGACUUUGAAGAAUCUAAAAUAUAUUUUGAUUUGUUUAACACUUAUUUGGUUACUACAUGAUUCCAUAUGUGUUAUUUCAUAGUUUUGAUGUCUUCACUAUUAUUCUACAAUGUAUAAAAUAGUAAAAAUAAAGAAGAACCCUUGAAUGAGUAGGUGUCCAAACUUUUGACUGGUACUGUAUCUUGUGCAGGUAUGUACUCACCAAUUUUCACCAAGGGACCAAUUUUAUGAGUCAGUUAUUUAUCUGUUAAAUAUAAGAAGAUAUAAACCGGUAUGACAUGCCACACUACUUGGUGCUGAUCAUUGUCUGCCAGUAGGUUAAUAAGAAACUCACAGAAUGGUUACACACACACAGACAUAGGCACAUGUUCUGACAGUGUUUGGUGCUGCCCUUUGUAGGCUUUUAAAAUGCAAUGAGAAACCUCAGUCCCAAACCCCCUUCCCUUGUUAAUGCCACUUAGAGACAAGAAGAAAAGAAAUGAUCUUUUAAUUUAUAUACACAUUCAUAAAUAAAUAUUUUAAUUAAGAAUGUAUAUAGAUAAAUGUGUGUAUGUGUAUAUAUAUAUAUAUUUAGAGAGCAAAGAGGGUGUGAGAUGGAGAGAGGGAGAUGAGCGGAGAGAAAGAAAAAGGGAUAAUGGACUCCGAGUGAUCUCAAAAAAAGCACUCUUAGAAAAUUAUUUUUUUCCUGGACUGUUUUCCUCUCACUGGUUUCCACGGCAACACCCACCCCCAUUGCAACCCAAUGGGGUGAUGUACUGUAUGUCAUGUGACCAAUGGGGAGGAGGCAGAACACUCUUUGCCUAGUGGAUACUCCCGGGGUAGGCAGUCCAAUCACACAAAGGCAAAGGAGGAGACACGUUCUUGGGCCAGUAUCUGAACUGUACAGACUAUGGCCCAACAUUGUCAAUGACCCAAUAUUGACGGAAACGUUGGACCCUUGCCUCAGGAGACCGCUGAAAUAAGUAUUGAGGAGAAGAGUUUCUCUGUGAGAGUACCUAACCAGUAACAGCCAGCCAAUAGGAAUAGGCUCCCCUUCACUCAUAGUUUUUCUUUGGGUUACAAUUAAGUGUGUAUGUGUCAUAAGCUUUCUUUGCUGGUUGGAUCAACUGUAUUAUUUUUGUACAUUGAUGUUCCUGUGUCCUCCACUCACUGUAUGUCAAAGAUAUUUCCUAUCCAGUGUCCCACUGGGUGGGCACAAGUCUAAUGAUGGACUGAGCUACCAGCUACCCCUGAGUUAGGCAUUGAAGUUAAUUAGGUUUAGGAUUCAGACAGAGCAUCACUUACCCCUUUGAAGAGUAUGGACGGACAGCAUAUCCUGAUUCUAAUUCAGUCCUUAUUGAACUUAUUGAACUGUAAUGUUCCGGUACAGAAUAUUGAGAAUACGGUUCUAAGAACUCACUCCAGAAAGGGUUCAGAGUGACUCAGGGAGCUAGCUGAGUUCAGUCUGGGUCCUCUCACCAGUGUCUUCUACUAGCCUUGUAUUCUUCUCACCUCGCACCUAAGACAAGACCCAUAACCUUGAUCAUUGUGUACGUAAGCUCUAUUUUUGUGAAUGGUACUCAGUGUCAAAUAUCUUUUCUCUUUAUUCUCAAUAUUAUAAAACAAUCUGAAUUUUAAAAGACAGAAUCAAGAAAAUAAAAAUAGAAUUUAAAAAAUAUUUUGUUCUUGUGAUUUAAUGUUACCUUGGUUGUGAUUUUGAUUUCUCUGUUGAUCUUUGAUUAUUUUAUUUUUUAUGUCAUAACUGACUUUACAAGACAAAAAAGUGAUCUAUUUUUUUAAGAACCUAGGGAAAUUCAAAAAAAUCAAUAACAUUUCUGUCUUCCCCCCAAAAUGUACAAGAGGUAUUUUGUUAGUUAAAGAGUAAACGAGUCAAUCAGCUCGAUAUAUAUUGUACAUUGGGUUACAUUACAUGUGCUUUAAAGAAUGUAAUAAAAGUAUUUCUUUUGAA